AAGCCAGAAGCUAAAGUGGCUUAAGAGAAAGCUAGAAGUAUCAGGGUAGUAGUAUUCCCACUUCAGGGUGAGGUUGUCAGGAUGUACCUGUUUUAUGAUUCUAAUUCGUUUGAUUGGCAGUCCUUGAACUAAAUUAAAAACAAAUAAAAGUUCAUAUGAUUUAAACUCAUGAUACUUCUUUGUGAAAAGGGAAAACGGGACAUGUCGUUAGUCCCAGCAUAUUUUUUGUGAUGGGGCUUUUACUAUGUUGCCCAGGCUGGCCUCAAACUCCUAGAUUCAAACUAUCCUUCCCUGUAGGCGGAAUUACAUGUGCAUGCUACCAUGCUUGGCUGUGGGCUGGUUUUUAAUCGUUGGACGGUCUGGGUGCCCCUUUCACUUUAUUCUGUUUUUCCUCUCUCACUUUUUUUCUCUCUCACUUAUUAAGUCUUUGUCCUCUUUAAGUCCUCUUCCAAAAGACUGAAAUUGCAGGUUACAUUUAUACCUAAAAGAUCUUCCUGCCUAGGCAAAGAGAAAAUAAUACUAAAUUCCAUAGAAAGCAGGUAAUUUGUCCACAGGACACAGAGCUGAUCACUGUGGAAAAUCCCUGCAAUCACACCUUCCAUUCUCUCUCCCUCUUUCUCUCCUUUGCCCUUGCUCUCUCUCCAUGUGACGUGCCUGCUCCCCCUUCACCCUCCACCAUGAUUGUAAGAUUCCUGAGGCCUCCCUAGAAGCUGAGCAGAUGCCAGCACCAUGUUUCCUGUAAAGACUGAAGAACUGUGAGUCAACUAUACUUCUUUCCUUUAUAAAUUACCCGGUCUCAGGUAUUUCUUCAUAGCAAUGCAAGAACAAUACCUUAUUCUUUUCCCAUUCAUCCAAACAACUGGAAAUUAAGCUUCCUGAGGCCAGAGGUCUUGCCGCGUUUAGGACAUAGUGAGCGCUCAACAGGCACAUGUUAAAUGAAAGAACCAAUACUUUACUGUGCGCUGCUGUGUGCCCGGUAUCGCUCUAGGAGCUGAGUAGAGAGGUAACCACUACACUGCCCUUCCUUUGGAGAGAGACACUGGAGAACUAAAACCGACCCCAGCGCUAAGCGAUUUGCCUAAUAGAGGGAACGCCGGCUGAGACCAGCGCAAGGCGGGCGCUGGGUGGCGUGCGCGACUGCAAAGUCUGGCGUGCCCAGGUUCUGCUCCUUGGGCUCCUGCUGCGUGAGCCGCUCUGCAGAUCCAGCAAAAGACCCGAGAGCGACCAGAUGAUUCAACGCCAGAUGAUUCCUCCCUGUGGAUGUGCCCCGGGCGUUCUGCCCUGGCUCCCAGCCGCCUCCCGGUGCUCCCGGGUUAGGCCUCACACACCUGUCGACCGCGUCGGCCCAGCUGCGGCCCAGGCCUGUGGGAGAGAGACGGCCCCGGCCCCAGGCUGGGAACCAGAAAUGCAGCAGGGCCUCAAAAAGAAACAAAAUUCUUUCCCUCGGGGUUGCUGCUGCUGCACAACCUCGCCCAGCCCGCUCUGCGGAUCGAGUGUAGAUUCGGGUUGGAAGCCGGAAGUAGUGCAUAGAGGGCAGCUUCAAAAGCCGAGGCUGCGCUGCUCGGCGCAGGGCGUCUUCCCUCGCGUGCCCGUGCCGGGUGCCGAAGGAACCUCCGCAAGCUGCUUUCAUCUCGGUGGGCCGGGGCAGGGUCGAAUCGCAGCUGUGGGGGCUUCUCUCCAAGCUUCGAUUUGAGCUGGAUGGAGACAGAAGAGCCUGAGGUGCCCAGAGGCCAGUCUUACAGAGUGGGGGGCGGGUGGGGUGGGAUCAGAAAAAGCUUGAAAUUCCUCCCGUACCUUAAACCUAAACAGCUGCGAGAGCCCCAGAGGAGGAAGCUCAGCUGCGGCGGAGAAGCUGGAGGAGGGCUGGGGCGGGGAGGAGUAGCCCCAGCAGCAACAGCAGCCAGCCCUGGGGUGUCCUCUCCCAGUGGUGUCCAGGGCCAGUCUUUGCCAGCCUGCCCGUCCUCGGACGCCUCGGGAACGUACACACACCCUUUUGCUUAAGCAAGGCGCUCUGAAGCCGAAUUACGUCUGCCUGGCAUCCCCAAACACGAACGGCCCUGCCAUGGCUGUGGGCAAAUUCAGGGGUUGGGGGUAUGAGGGGGGGACUAGGAGAGAAAGAGUUAAUCUCCCAAGAGGAAUAUACAUCAGUACUCUCCUGUCACUUGCGUUUUAUUUAAUGGUAAUGCUAGACUUCACCAGAUAUUUCAACUGACCAAUUUCAACAUUUUCACCUACAGAAUUUUCUGGAAGGAAAAUAAAACCUUCCUAACAAACAUGUUUUCCUGUUUCUG